UCCUCUUUUGCUCCAUCGGUGGAAGGACAGAUCUGGCGAGACCAGACGCGAAGUCGCCCCAGAUGUCUCUCCUGCUGCUAUCGGCAUGGCUGCCUUGAGGUCCUUCAAGAGAAUCCCUGGUCUUUUCCAGCUGCUGUUGUUGCUGCUCCUGCGACUUCUUCCACGGGAACUGGCCGAGCCAAUCCAGCUUGUGAUUCAUGGCCCCCCAGGCAGAGUCACAGCAGGAAGUUGGGCCUUCUUCAAUUGCUCUGCAGAGGGAUUACACACCUAUCCAGAAGUAUUCAUGUGGCGGAAAGAUGGGGAAGCUUUAUGGUUUAGGCCCAUUACCAUUAAGGCUUCUACACAACCGCCUAUCACGUACCGAAUGGAGACCAUGACCAAGCUUGAACAAGGAGAUGUGAAAUCACAGUUGACCUGCCACAUCCAAGAAACUCUCAGGACGGCUCCUCUACAGCAGUCCUUCUCGCUUGGCGAUUUCCUAAGAGUUCCUCCCAAAGUACAUCUGGAGAUCAACCCACCUUCUCCUGUCCAUCCGAACGCCUCAGUGACGGUCACUUGCAACGUAGACAGUUUUUACCCAGAUGAUGCAAAAGUGGAGUUGUUUUCCAUGGAUGCUCCAAACAGGAAAGGAACGGUUGCCCCGAGGACCUUAAAUACCGACGGGACCUUUUCCCUGAAGACCUCCUUGGAGGUGAUGGUCACUGAAGACGGGAAUUCCUCGACGUACCUUUGCCAGGUUCAGCAUAAUUCCCAGCCUCUGGUCAAUGAAACAAUGACACUCUUCAUUAUGAGGCAAUUUAAAGACGACAGAAGUCGGGGUGGUGAUCCAGAAUGCUCACAGCAACAAUCCCUCCUUGUUCUCUGCAUUGCACUUUUCCUAAGCAAAGCAGCCAUCCUUCUUUUCGUGUCUUGCCUCUUCCUAGUAAAAGUGUGUGGACGCAAGAGGACACAACCUCCUUCUGGAACAUUCUAGGAAGUGACACAGUCUGGAACUUCAGUUUAGGGACUCCUGCUCCCGACAGAUUUUUCAGGAUGAGAAUGGAUCCCUUUAAGACAGUGUUUCCCAAACUUGGCUAU